AGGCAAAGAUAAGUGAUGAGUAUUUCCGAGUCACCACAUGGAUCCAAAAUGCAGUGAGGUGUAAUGUUGAAGUACUUCACCUUGAUCUGAAUCAAUACGACCUCAGGAUGACAGUUGUGUUGCCGUCUUGCAUCUUCCUUUGUCGUUCUUUGAGGACUCUAUCUGUGAAUUUGUAUAUGGGCAAGAUUCAGUCACCCAACUUGUCUUUUUCCUGUAAUCUCCACUACUUGAAGUUGAAGUAUGUACGUCUUAAAGAUGACGGUAUUUUCAAAUGGAUCUCAUAUUCCUGCAAAUGCAUAAAGGAAUUACAUCUUGAAAAAGUUAUUGGGAUAAAAGAUAUCAAGAUUGAGAGCUCGUCUUUGGAAUCGUUUAGUCUUUUGCUUCCUUUUCAGAAUUAUGAGCUCUGGGAUCUUAGCAUUUCAGCUGAAAAACUUGAAGAUAUAUGUAUACACUGGCAAUUUGAUUCGAGACGUGAUUCAAAGUUUCAUCUUUUACCUCGCAUCAGAUCAUUUAAUCUCUUUGCUCCAAAGCUUAAAAAUUUCAAAUGGAGUGGGAAUUUUCUGAACCAUCAUCAUCUUGGGAACUUGAUGUGUUUAGAAGAAGCUGACAUAUUUCUGAUGCCCGAUUUAGAUGAUUCUAGCAACCUAUUUGAGGUUCUUUGCAGCAUAUGUAUGGUUAAAGUUCUAACCCUAAAUGAAGAAACUACAAAGGCUUUAUGCAGGGGAGGUUCCAUGCCGGUACCAUUAGAUAGUAUUCGUUACUUGAGUUUGCAUGUUACAAGUCUGAAUGCUGACUUGGUCGCGGCAAUGGUGUCUAUUUUUAGAGGAAUUACUUCUUUGAAUACUUUGUGCAUAAUGUAUGACCUAUCCAAGUCAUCUGUAUCUGGAACUGAAGAUGACAGUGAUAUUGAGGAAGUGGUUGAGGAUAAUGAUACGGAGGAAGAGGAUAAUGAUACGGAGGAAGAGAAUAAUGAAAACGAGGAAGAGGACAAUGACAAUUAUACCGAGGAAGAAGAUAAUGAAACUGAGGAAAAUGCAACUGAGAAAGAGAAUAAUGAAUCCAGGUUCAAUGUGGAAUACUGGAAAUCCCAAAACCUAACCUUUAUUUAUCAGCUCAAGGAAGUGAGAAUAGACCUUCUAGAUGGUAAUAAUGAAUUGGAGUUCGCAAGGUAUAUUCUGGAGAAUGCUCCGAGUUUGGAGAAAAUGGUCAUAAUUCAAUCACCCCAGCAUUCGGAUGUUGUGGAGACGGUAACCAAAAGCAAGAUGAUUUCCAAUGCGACAGUUGUUUUACAAGAAAGGCAGAGCAGUUAGCCAUGAAGAAAGAGGGAAAGGGUCCAAGUUAAAUAUCUUUCAGAAGGAUAUUUUAUGAUGUAAUAUAUUUUUUUUGGUUAAUAGAGGCUGGCUGUUGAGGAUUAUGCGACUGUUGCAAUGGCUGAGCCUUCUGUCUGUGUAU